GACGGUUUGAGCUCACUGUGUUGAAAGUAGACCAUGAUCUAUGAUGUGGGAACUACUACCUGCGAAAAUCUUUGCAGCGAAAAUGAAAUACUACAGAUGUAAAUAAUGGCGAGAUGUUUGUAUGUGCCGAGACACCACCACAAAGAAAAGCAGUUGAUCAAAAAUUUGGCUUUUGAUGUGAAGCUAAAUACUAUCAGUAUGGAAACCAAAGAUAAUUUUGUGGUAUCACCUGGUCAGGAUGGAGAGAAAAUAACUCAGUCAGAGGAACAGAUGUCACCAAACUGUGCCAGUGGUACUUCAGUACAAUUAGUGACUGAUGAUGCUAAACAAUCUCUGAAGAGAGUGGGCAGCAAUAAUACGGAGGAACAGUGCACUGCAGUAAAACGUGAAUGCAUACAUAACUCCGUGAUAAAGUCAGAAAGAAAAGUAAAAGAUAUUUUGCCAAUUGAAAAGAGUGUGGAUUUGUCUGUACCACAGUUGCCGCCGUGGGAACGCUACUUCACCAAAAGAAUAGUUGGAGAUAUCUGUCUGCUGAUACAUUCCAACCGCAUUGCAGUGGUGACACUUCUUCCCACUCACCCUGUUAUUGCAAACAGCAAGUCAGUUGUCUCAGUGGAUUUUGCCAAACGGGCUGAUAAUUCUGUCCGUGGGAAAGGAAAGAGGGGUGCUCAGGCACUCAAUGUAGAUUCAGCACUUUGCGAACUCUUGUGCAGUGAUGACACCAAAUAUAUAAUACGUGCAUGUAUUGGAGGAAAGUUGAUCGAAGUUAAUUUUCGUCUGAUGAAACAGCCACAGCUUCUCACUAAGCGGCCUCAGGCAGAAGGAUAUAUAGCAAUAAUGUUACCAUAUGAACCACGUAAACAGAAGGAGAAACCAGUAUGUGAGACUCUCAUAGACGCGGAAGUUGACUAGUUGCUGAUUGCUUGACAUGUCUUACUGGCUGUGAUGUAUGUGUGGUUUCAGGGAGAGGUAACUUUUUCAGUUUUAAUUUAACGUUAUUUGUACUUGUGCAGACAGGAAAACAGUUUUUUUACAAUAAGCCUGUGAUAAAUAAAUAAAUAAGACUUUUACACCUUUUUUUGAUUAAAUUGUUAUUUCUUUAUACUUGAAAUUAAGUUAUUUACUGUAUUUAAUGUUUUGUUCAAACCAUUCCAUGCCAUCACUUUGUGAUAACAAUUGUCUUCCAAAAAACCCAUUGGAAUAAUUAAGUGCAGUAAGUUCUUUGUUACUUGAAUUAAAGCUGUCCCAGAGACUAGCAUAAGAAAACUUACCACGGUGAUAAAAUAAACUG